UGUUUUCCACAGUUUGCAAAGUGUUUUCUAUUGUCAGAGUGCCAGGAAUAUUAAUAAAAUAAAGAAAAUUUUAAAGAGUAGAAUUGAAUAAAUUUGUUCGGUUACAUAAAAUAUUGUAGAUAAUCAAAGUGAAAUAAUGACAUGUAUUGAAAAAUAAACUGUCUCUUUGUUUACUUAUUAAGUUCAAUUAGUGAAGGAAUUGUGAAAUUUUGUAAACAUAACCACGUGUGCGAUGUUUUAUACUUAUAUACCUUAUAUAUUUUAAUAUUUUUUAUAAAUAACUAAUAUAAUUGAAUUGAAAAAUUAAUUCUUUGAAUAGGAAUUUGGAAAAACGAGGUCGAUAAAGUGAAAUAUUAAAGGGCAAAUUGAUAUUUUGCAAAAAUGUUAACACCACGCUUUGAGUUGACACAAACAGAAGAUGAAGUGCUUGUAGUCAUUCAUGCCCCUUACGCGAAUAUUAAAGAUACCGAAGUGCACGUUGAGGGAUGUGACUUCAGAUUCUUCUCUAAUCCAUAUUACCUUAGACUAAAUCUUCCUGGAAAAAUAGAAGAAAAUGAUGCAUCGACAGGAAGUUAUGACUGUGAGAAAGGAGAUUUUUCCAUGCGAUUUUCAAAAAUUAAUAAAGGAGAACAUUUUGAAAAUCUCGAUAUGAUAAGCAGUUUACUUUUACCAUCAACACAGAAACAAGUACAAAUUCCUAAUAUUGAAGUCAUCAGUAACCCCGUAACAAAUGAAACAGAUUUACUGAAAGAUAACGAAGCAGACGAAAAAGAUGAUAAUGUUGAUGACAAUAACGCUGAUGAUGAUGAUGAUGACGAUGAUGAUGAAUGGUUUAUCCCACAAACUGUACCGAACGAAAAUCCCUACGUCUCAUUAAAUAAUUCCAAAUAUGGCUUUGCAAAUAAAAUAUCUCGAGCACUAGAUGCAUUUGAGGAAUCAUGGUUAGCGGAAAUAAUCGAUCUUCCUCGACCCGACGAAACGCCAGUAAAUCUCCGCAGGAAUCUCAGAGAAAAACAUGAAUCAAGUAGUUUUAAUGUUGUGCAUUACAUAGCAGAAUAUUUGGAACCAGAACAAAUCGAAGAUUGUAUUCAAUUUAAAGCCGAAUGGGAAGUUAUCAGUGAGAAAGAUGUGGUUUUCAGUGAGAAAGAAGUUGAUAUUUUGAAGGAAUUACCAAACAAAGAAUACCUAUUGGACGAUAAAGAAAUUUUAAACGUUAGUUUAGGUCUCGUUGAUAUACUCUUUGGAUUUUGCUACAAUCAUAGAACAACAUUAGGCGAAAGUACUGUUGAAAGUGGAUGGACGGUUGCUAAACUCAGUUCUUCUUUAUCUUGGUUUGAGACUUUUGGGAAACUUAAGGAUGUUCUGAUUGCAUGUAUUAGACGAUCUUUAUGUUUUCCCUUGUUCAGAAAUUGGAAUCUCUCCUUGAAAGUAAUUGAGGACAUUAAACAAGUGUUGAAACUUGGAAAGAAGUUUGUUGUUAAAUGUCUGUGUGAAAUUUACACUUUCUUUAAUUCUUCCUGUGAACCAAGAUACGUUCUCAAUCAACUUUACAUAAAGGAUUAUUUAAUUUGGAUUCAACAGUCACAAAAUUCAGUAUUUGAAUUUCUUCUCAAAGAACUAAAUGAGGUGAAUUUGAAGAAAGAGGAAAUUGGUUUUGAUUUGGUUUCAUUGGAAACUUCAGCAUAUGAUAUUUAUGCCAAUGAUUUGAUUAUCGAAAAUACUAAGACAAGCGAUGGUGAUUUAAUGACUAGUUUCAGUAAUAUGGCAUUAAACAAAAAACCAAUUACCCCGGUUGUUUCUGACAGUGACGAUACUGAUUCGGAUUCAGAUUCUGAUUCAACAACGUCUUCCAGUAGUAAUAACAGUGAUUGCAAUUCGGCCAGCAAUUUGAGUAAUCAGAGCAAAAAACAUGAGAGCAGCAGUAAAAGUUCGGAAUCUUUAGAUUCAGACGAUCAUAGUGAACCAAGAGAUGCCUAAUUUUAAAUGAACAAAGUUUAUACACUAUAUCUACUAUCAAUUUAUUAUUGACAUUUCAUUUAUAAAAGUGUUGUUAUUUUUGAUAAUUAUAUUUGAAUAUAAAAUAUAAAGUAUUCUUUAAUAGAAAAUUAUUAAUAAAAUGGUUAUUUUUAAA